ACUAUAAUGCCACCCCCACAUCCAUUAUAUAUACCUAUCUCCCUCCGACCUUUUCUCUCUCUCUCUCUCUACAUAUACGUACUUAUCUACAAAUGGGUCUCCAAGAUCCCCACCCCUUCAAUUUCAUAGAGCCAAACAACAAAACCCUCCAAAUCGACAGCAGAACUUUCCUCCUCGGCUCAAUCUCCUUGUUACUACUUCUCAUCUCCACCUUCUCUUUCACCUACUUCCUCUACUACUUCAUUCGUCACCGCCAAUCCGCCGCAGCCAACCACCCUCCUCCGCCCCCUCCGCCGCCGCCGGGGCUCGACAAGGCCUCCAUCAAUUGCUUGCCGAUCAUCUCGUUCGGAUCGAGCGGCCUGAGCUCCGGCGACAGUUGGCGAGUGGGUGAGUGCUCUAUAUGCCUCGGUGCGUUCAAGGAUGGAGAGAAGGUGAAGGUAUUGCCUCUGUGUUAUCAUGGGUUUCAUUCCGAGUGUGUUGAUAAGUGGUUGCGGACUCGGUCGAGUUGUCCUCUUUGUAGAGCUGCUGUUGUCCGAGUUGACUCGUUGGCUCAGUCUGACAUUCCGUGAAGCCAUGAAAGUUUGGAACUCUGGUGUAUAUAUGUAGUGCAACGUGUAAACACAAUUUAAUUUUUGAGUAACCCAAAAUGAAAUUCUAGUAUUUUGGUGCUGCUAAUCAAAUGGAUAAUGACUAAUUUAAUGAUUGUUCU